AAAAGACCUAAUGUAAGACAGACAGACCUUCAUCCUUCCAAUGUCAUUGUCACUUUAGUGAGUUGAGUUUAGUCAUUAGUGUCAGGUGUCAGUUUAUUUGUGCCAGUGCAAAGUAAUUGUUCUGUGGCCAGUGCAUCGUCGAAUGUCAGAGAAUUUUUAUUUAUGUUCAAUCUAUUUAAACUUUGAUACUUUGAGUUAGUUGGUGUCCUUUCUCUAGCAGAUACUGUUAUGACCGAAUGUACUUAGAUAAAACACUUCCUGAUUGCGAUAGAUGUUAAAAUUAAACAAAUAAUUUUUUGACUUUGAAAUGUGAAAGUUUUAAUUUCUAUUUAAUAAUGUCUCUAUCGAAGCCAUUCGAAGAGAAUAAUCUCCAGAAUUCCUCACAGUACAUGAAGAAUUCUGUGAAUUUGCCAGUGUCCAUAGGUGGGAGAAGUGCACCUUUGUUACCUCCUAGACCUAAUUCUUUGAUGCCAUCAAAUGGAUAUAACACAUACAACUCCUUUUUACCUUAUUCUGGUCUAAACAGCUAUAAUUCAUACAACAACAUGCCAUACCGCAGCUCUAUGUAUAAUUCCUACGGAUCAUCGUAUGGAGGAGGCUACGGGAGCGGCUACAAUAGCUACAACUCUUAUGGAAACUACCAACCGCUGACCAUGGACGACCACGAAAGGCGUUUCAUCCAAUACGCUGAAGAAAGUUCCAGAAAUACUUUUGCCAGUGUCGAAGGCAUCGUUAGGGCAUUUAACAGCAUCGCAAUGAUGUUAGACAAUACAUUUUUUGCUAUGACGAGCAGUUUCAGGGCCGUACUUAGCGUCGCCGAGAAUUUCGGUCGGCUCCGAACUAUGUUCGGUCAAAUUUGGUAUUCAGUGAACAUCUUUAGGUUUUUUACUUGGUUAUAUAGGAAAUUUUUGAGGCUAUUGGGACACAAGGUUCCCAGUAGUAAUGUUUCGACGGCUUGGUCUCAAGCGAAGAGUGGUGUUGGUGGUGCACCAGCAGUACCUGGAUCACCUGGAAGCGCCGGAUCCAGCUGGCCAACUAUCGCGUUUUUAGGAGUACUAGUUUCGGCUCCAUAUAUCAUUAGCAAAUUCUUGCCUAAAUAUGAAGACAAAGGUAAUCCUGAAAAUUGGAAAUCCCCAGGUAUCCGUGCCAAAGCGGUUUUUGAUUUCAUCGCAACCGCCCCCAAUGAACUGACCAUUCAGACCAACGACCUUGUACUAUUGGCUCCUACUUACAUACAAGACGAGAUGAAAUUGAAAAAUACUGGAUGGGCUUUCGCAACAUGCAAAGGUCAAGCCGGAGUGGUACCUCUUAACUAUCUCGUUAUUAGCAAGAACAGGCCUAUUAUUCAAACGAAUAAGACGGAGGAACCACCAGUGCCCAGGAUAUUUCCCAAAACUCAUACGAAACGAGUCAGUUUUGGAGAAAAUCAGAUUUUUGAAAACGUGGAUCUGGACGAUUACAUGUUGAAAAAAGAUUCCGCUCAAUCUAGUCAAGAAACGGAACCAGUUAAACAAGAAGAAACGAAAAAGACUGUAAAAAUACCUAAUUGAAAGUAGUUAAUUGUACUAGAUUUAAUCCUCAAUAAAAAUAGUACAGUGAGUGACUCUGGUAAUGGUUGAAUUUGUGUGAAUGGAAACAUGAUAUAAUCACAAAAAUUAUUAUCAAGGUGGCUGUAAGAUAUUUAGUGUUAUUUUUUUGUUUAAAGUAAUUCUAUGUUAUGCAUUUUAUAGAUAUUUGGAAAAGGCACAAAACUUAUUAUCUUAUCAACUUAUCUCUCCUUAUGUAUUUCAUUUUUAUUGAAAAUUUUUAAAAUUUUUUGUAUUUGUGUAUUAAGUGUUGUAAUUUUAAGCAGCAAUAUGUAUUGUACAUUUUUUUACAAUUUUCAAAGGGAAAAGUUUUAAUAAAGUAAUUAUUGUUAUUUUGUUUGUGUUUAAAUAUCAGCGUGCUAUCACAAUGGAUUUUGAUAAAAUAAAAAACUGUAUUUUUUAUAGUGAUUAAAGUUAACUGCACAAAAUAAUCAUUUUACACCAGAAGACUAAGCUUUUUUUUAAUUAAAAGUGAAUUUCUUGCGAACUUUUAUAAGUGUGUCACCAGAAUAAUCUGUGAAAUAAAAGAUACAACAAUGUAUCAUUUAAUCAUUUUCAAAUUUAAUAUUGUUACACAGGUUCUCAAUUUAUUUCAACUCAACUUUUACAAUAAUUCAUCUAUACAACCGAUAACAUUAACGUAUAUCCUCUAUUAUAAAACUCCACUUCUGACGUCAGGAUCACCAACUUAUAUAGUUUGCUUUAACCUUCUCGAAACGUCCAGAUGUUUCUUGACAUGGAAUGAUAUUUCUCCACAUUUCACGCUGUAGGGUGAUAUACCUCUUCUUUUAUUCGUACGUUUCCUAUAACGGUCGCAGGCUAAUGAGUAACACUAUUAAGAAUACGAUUUUUAAAUAAAAGUGAAAAUCCACCAUGUUUGGUUUUUCUCAUUUUAAUAACAUUUUCA